UCCACCAACAUCCGUAUCGACAGACGUAUCCACGCUGUUCUUAUUGUGGCAAUUAUAGCUGGGAUGGCCUAUGAAGGCAAGCCGAACAUCGAGAAACAGCUGAGAAUCAAAGGAGAGUACAGUAAUCCGGAGCAAGAGAUGCUCUUCGAUUGGAUCGUACGGCGUACCAAGCCAAAUGACGUUUUUGCUGGAACAAUGCCUGUUAUGGCAAAUGUCAAACUAUCCACUUUGCGUCCCAUUGUAAAUCAUCCUCACUACGAAGAUGUUGGCAUUAGGUACUGUAAUCUUUGA